AUGCCCACGCCCUCCACCUCUUCAAAGCACGUCAAAUUCGUGGCAUCUGAUCCUUCUCGCGGGGGUCUCCCAGUGAAGCGUAAGCAAGUCCAGCACGCAUGCGCUUCAUGCCGCAAGAAAAAAAACGGUAGAGACGGUGCGUUCACGCCGAAAAUGCUGUUGAAGAAACAACCGUCUCGCCGCCAGAGGUUCAAGUUCAAGUUCAGAAUGAGACACACCAACAAUCCCGGUCUGCUACAAUUCAGAUCUCUUCCGUUGAACGUACCUCUUUCAACACGCACAGCACUACCGGAUCAUAACCAUGCAUCUCCAUCAGCGCGCCAGCCAUCUCUUCACCUUCAAUAUGGCACUGUCCCAACGCCUCCAAGACGUGAAUCAGCAGGCACACCUAAAACACAAUCAUCAUCCCGCUUCGUAGGAGAUCUCAACCCAGAGGGCAUGUUCAUGGAAGCAACUGGUUCAGCAUCCGUCAGAGAAACUUCACAAAAAGGCGACGUGGGCAUAUGGCUCUCUUCAACCACCACUACCAACAGCGGCUCGCAAGGUCAAGCCGGCUCAUCAUCACAGUUCAUCACGUCGAGACCACCGCCGAUAAUGGACCAGUUUCUACUCCCGUUCGUUAAAGAGCAUUGUCUGCCAUGUCUACCACCCGAGCACAACUUCCGCAAGUUGAGACGCUUGUAUCUGGACAGGAUUCAUCCUAUCCUACCCAUCAUUCCCGAAUCAAGCUUGGACGUUGUCGCACCAUUAGAUGAUGAUCCUGCCACGAUUGUUCUUCGCCAACUGGUCUGUCUGGCCGCUGCCACCGACCCAUCCAUGUCCUCACAUCUUCACCUACAAAACCGCGGCGAAGAACUCUUGACGUGUCAGGAUUUCAUUCAAUCCCUCUCUUCCGCUGUGCGUGCCAUUCUAGAAACGAGCAUCAUCACCGAUAGGGUCCUUCACAUCAGGGCUCUCGUCAUGCUCUCGCUGUACACCCAGCCCAGCAGUUCCGAAGAAGCCGAUCUCCCAGCCCAAUUGGGCGGCCGCGCCAUUCACCACAUCCAGACUCUGGGCCUUCAUCUUCUCAGGUAUGAUGCACCCAACUGUGAAGAGCUUGAGACUUUGUUCUGUGCGGUUUGGGCAGUUGAUCGAAUUAAUGCUGCUGCUUAUGGGCGACCUUGCUUAAUGCACGAGAGAGAUAUUGGUGCCAAUCUUGACGGAUGUAUCAAGAAAAGACCACCCUGUUUCCGACUCUUCCUCUCUGUGAUACAAUGGCUUGAUCAAGUGAUUGAGUUAUAUCGCCCUGGACCAAGUGCUGAGGCUUCGGGCCUUGAUAAGAUUGCGUACAUCGACCUCCCCGUCCUAGAAGCCAUGAUCGUCAACGCCGACGCCCUUAAAGUCCCAAGCCCACUCAUUGGAGCAGCAACAAUUGAAACCUUCUACCACGCCGUCAUUAUCCUAUCAUGCCGUCUCCCUCGCCCGGGCACACUAACAGCAGCAUCAACACUCCCACCCCCUUCUGCCAACGCCCGUCGCUCUCUCGCAGCUGAGCGAAUCGCCUGCGCAGUCCUCCGCGACCACCUAAGUCCCAUGCCCAUCGUUCCCUACGCAGUAUGUCUCGCGCUAAGUGUAGAAUACCGUAAGAUGCGUCACAGUCGCCUGCCCAUGUUUCGCGCUCGCGCCAUGCACGCUUUCCGUCGCAAUUGCGAAAUGCUCCGCAAAUUUGGCGACUAUUUCUGGAGCGCCAAUGUGGUAGCUGGCCUGGGUGAACGGGUAUUGAAGGAGAUGGAACGCGCUGCCAAUACUCUGACCCGUGAAUCAACACCACCAACUCACGAAGGAACGCCCAACUCUGUACCCUCGUCUUUCUCACAGCCUGUGCCUCGACCACCCGAGUUUCCCGUGUCUGUCCCAGUCGCCAAUCCCACCAUGGUCAACUCGGUCCCUAGCGUGGAACAACCUGUCGACUUUUCGCUCAUCGAUGCUAUCUCAGGUGCUGAUGUCUUUGGGGCUAUAGACCCUAGCUUCAACCUGAACGCUGUGGAGGAUGCGCUCGAGGCCAAUCUGGACAUAGGUCUUCCGAUGAACUGGGUAGACUGGGGCCAAUAUGCGACACUGCCAUAA